AGAGCCGCUGCGGAGGGGAGGCGGCGAAGAGGGGCUUUCCGCCCGUCCGCCCGCUGUUGGGAGAGCCGCCCGCCGCGGCAAACCUCCGACGACGCGCUCCGGAGAGAGAAGCCAGGAUCCCGAGUGCCAAAACCCCAAGCCCGGACCGGCGCUAAGCUUGGCGGCGGCGGCGGCGGCUGCAGCAGCAGCUGCUUGCGCGGCUGGCUGGAGCUGGCUGGCUGGCUGGCGGAGCUCUGCCAGCAGCUUCCGGCCAUGUCGUAUCCUCAGGGUUACUUGUACCAGCCGUCCGCGUCCUUGGCCCUCUACUCCUGCCCUGCCUACAGCACCAGCGUGAUCUCCGGCCCGCGGACGGAUGAACUGGGCAGAUCGUCGUCCGGCUCGGCUUUUUCCCCUUACGCCGGCUCCACCGCCUUCAGCGCUCCUUCGCCCGGCUAUAACUCGCACCUCCAGUACGGCACAGACCCGGCGGCGGCGGCGGCCGCGGCUGCCUUCUCUUCCUACGUGG